AUGUCGCGUCCUUUGUUAUCGUUAACAGCUACCCGCCAGCUCACCCAAGCCCCAGCCUGCCGAUUCUUCUCAACUUCCCGGGCUCUGCGUCUCUCCGCAUUCCCCGACGGCCAACUCAAUACUCGCCGCUGCGCCGUCGCAAGUGGCGCCACGCUUUUCAACCGCUCAAUCCCAAAAGUUUCCCCUUCUGCUUAUACUCGCCAACGCUUUGUCAAUUUCUCUUCAUCGUCCGUUCGCUCGGCUACCAAGGUUACGCAAAAUCCGAGAACCGGAGAUGAUGGCGAGUCUCUUAUGAUUUCUAUAUCGCCACGGGCUGUAGAGCGUCUCCGCGACAUCACAGACCCAUCAUCUUCUCCCUCCGCCAUCAAAGAAGAGAAUCCAUACCACCAUCUCCGUAUCACAGUAACCAGUGGCGGGUGUCAUGGUUUCCAAUAUAUGAUGUCUCUUGAAGGGGCUUCAAAAAUUGACCCAGAAGAAGACACUAUCUUCGAGGGAGAAGCAGAUGCCUCGGGGCCCGCAGCCGGAGAAGCCAAGGUUGUCAUGGAUGAGCCAUCUCUUGAGUUGCUCCAUGGAAGCACUGUGGAUUAUACCACUGAGUUGAUUGGAAGCCAGUUCAAAAUCGUGGAUAACCCACGUGCAACAAGUAAUUGCGGUUGCGGAACGAGUUUCGAUGUCAGUGAUUGA